AUGUCACACGAUGCACACAAUCCUACUGGUACUAGUGCCGAAGAGCAUUUUCCUAAAGUCAGCUACCGAAGAUUGUUUCGUUUCGCCACAAGAAAAGAAAAGGCAUUUUUGUAUCUUGGAAUUGGCUUUUCCAUAUUGGCUGGAAUUCUGACUCCAAUCGUCAACAAAGUAUUUGGAACUUUUGUGCAGACGUUGAUGGAUAGCAAAGCUCAAAAUAAUUGCAUGGACACAAAGAAGUGUGAUUCUCCUGAAGAAGUACGCAUAAAAUUGAAUGAAAUCAUGAUCAACACGAUACUUUUAGUCGCUUGCCAGCUAGUGGUUGGAUAUGCAUUCUGUGUCUGUCUCAAAUGGGUGUCUGACCAUCAGGUAGCAAAACGUAGAGUUCUUCCCACAUUGCAGAAUGGGGCCAAGAUUCAGAGAGCCACGGGAGAAAACUUGGGCAUAUGCUUUUCACUUCUGGUCAGUUCGAUAAUUGCACUGGGAAAUGCUCUUUAUCACGGAUGGUUCUUGACCCUGGUCUCGUUGCUACUUAUGCCACUUUUGGUGUGGGUCACGUACUAUGCAAAUGCCCUAGAGACACGCUGUUCUGAAGAACAGGAUUUAGCGUAUGGGGACGCUGGAACAGUUGCGGCCGAGGCUCUGGGGAAUAUUAAAACCGUGGCGGCCUACAGUGGGGAGCUUGUGGAGCAGGAGCGUUACGAAAAAGAGCUUCGGAAUGCACUCUCUUCCGGAAUUCGACGUGGUCAAGCCAUGGGGAUAAGUGAUGGGCUCACGCUGCUCAUUUUCUACGCCAGCACCGCAUUUACAUUGUGGUUAGGUUCAUUUCUCAUCUUUGAAUAUCGAAGUGGAAAUGCUGCUUGGGGUCAGAGCAGUCCAAAGAAUAUUCUCACCGUGUAUUUAAACUUGGUUAUGGCUGCGUAUGAAUUUGGAGAAGGGAUUUCUUAUUUUGAAAUGUUUGCGGAGGGUCGGAUAGCUGCUGGAGGAUUCCAUCAGGUGAUUGACAAGGUGUCAGAGAUUGACCCCCUUGCUGACCAGGGUCAAAUUCCUGGCGAGGAUCUGAAAGGGAACAUUGAAAUAAAAAAUUUACACUUCUCUUACCCAACCCGUCCAACGGAGGAGGUACUGAAGGGGAUCAACAUCAGUAUAAAAGCUGGCCAAACGAUAGCUUUCGUGGGCCAUAGUGGUUGUGGCAAAUCCACUAUGAUUCAACUGCUUCAAAGAUUCUAUGAUCCUCAGAGGGGACAAAUUUCAUUUGAUGGUCACGACAUCAAAGACCUGAAUGUGGGCUGGUUGCGGAUGCAAAUUGGCGUAGUGAGACAAGAACCGACCAUGUUCAGUGGUUCCAUAUCUGACAACAUUCGGUUAGCAAAACCCUCCGCUACAGAUGCAGAAAUCGAGGCUGUUUGCAAACUAGCGAAUGCUCACGACUUUAUUAUGAAAUUUCCAGAGAAAUAUAACACAAUGUUGGGAGAUCGUGGCGCGUUAAUUAGUGGGGGACAGAAACAACGUCUCGGAAUAGCUCGAGCUAUAAUUAAUAAUCCUCGGAUUGUCAUGCUCGACGAGGCGACUUCCGCCCUGGACAUGGAGAGUGAACGCUCAGUCCAGUCCGCCCUGGAGGCAGCACGCAGGGGUCGGACGAUGGUGGUUGUGGCGCAUCGCUUAUCAACCGUGCAAUCUGCAGAUCUCAUAGUUUUCAUUAAAGAUGGUCAGGUCCUGGAACGCGGAACGCAUCAACAACUUUACGACAAACGUGGAGCAUAUUUUCAACUCCUGCAAACCCAAACUUUCGACAACAAACCACACUCGAGCGUGUCUAAAGGAUCACUUGCGAGUAAAUCAGACUUGGGACUCUCAACAAUAUCGUUAGUACCAACUGAAGGGGACCCCAUCAAAGAUUUUAAGGGAACACCAAGACCUAUCUCGGCACAUAAAAUUUUUAAAAUCUGGAUGCUAAAUUUCCCCGAGUGGAGAUGGUUGUUUCUUGGGGCGAUCGUUUCCCUUUUUCUCGGCUGCGUUCAAAUUAUUCAUGGGGUUUUGUUUGGUAAAGUGAUACGAGUGUGGGGGCUCCCAGAUACGAAAGAAACCAGGACGGCUGCCCACAUGGGCGGUGCAAUGUUCUUGGGAUUAGCGUUUCUCUCUGGAAUUGCUGCUCUCUUGAAAGGAGUCGCAUUUGCCAUGUCGGGAGAAAAACUCACAUUUCGUAUCAGGUCUGGAAUCUUUAAGGCAAUGAUGUUCCAAGACAUCGCGUGGUUUGAAGAGAAACAGAACCAUCUUGGGGCUUUGUGCACUAGACUCAGCGAAGAUGCAGCCUUGGCUCAAGGGGUAACUGGAAUUCGCAUGGGAAAUAUGAUUCAGGGGUUCACGUCAAUCUUCAUUUCUACAAUUUUGGCAUUAUAUUACUCUGUCAAAUUGGGAAUGGUCGGAAUUCUGUUUUUGCUUAUUUUAAACAUUUUGGGCUACUUGGAAGAAAUUUAUUUGGUUGAUGAGGCUGAAGAUGAUCUUGUAAAUGUUGAGAACAGUUCUAUGCUUAUGGCUCAAGCUGUGGGCCAAAUUAGAACAAUCGCCAGUUUGCACAUUGAACAGAAAUUCAUACAAGAUUACACACAAUGUCUUGAGAAUACUAAAAGGGUUAAUUUGAAGCCCCUGCAUAUCAGAGGGUUAGUGAUGGGCAUGUCGCAGUCCUUCACGUGGUUUGCGUACAUUAUUCUCGUAUUUUAUGGAUCUCAAUUAAUGCUGACUGAAGGCAAUUUGACCGUGGCGGACAUCGUGGCGGUGGGUCAAUUUAUCACGUUCGGAACUCAGGUGGUGGCCGAAGCGAUGGCGAGUGCCCCAAAUUAUUACAAGGCAAAAAUUGCAUGUGGUCGCAUUCUCAAACUAAUACAAAUGACGCCAACAAUAAAACGAAAUCAAGGGACCAAGAUUCCCACCAAUAAUAUAAAAGGCAAGCUGGAGUUUUAUCGAGUAAACUUUGCUUAUCCUAGUCGACCUUCGGAAUUGAUAAUAGAAAAUUUUUCAUUUCGUUGUGAGCCUGGCAAACACAUUGCUAUCAUUGGUCCGUCGGGGUGUGGGAAAUCUACUCUGGUCAAAUUGAUUCAACGAUUUUAUGAUCCUACGGGAGGAUUUGUGAAAUUGGAUGAUCAUAAAUUCACAGACCUCGACGUGGACACUGUCCGUAGAUCCAUUGGAAUUGUAUCACAAGAACCCGUCCUUUUUGACAGAUCUAUUGCAGAAAAUAUCGCAUACGGAGAUAAUUUAAGGAUAAUUCCAAUGCAGGAAAUAAUCCAAGCAGCGAAACAAGCCGACAUUCAUGACUUUGUUGACUCCUUGGCUGAUGGGUACAAUACGCGAGUCGGUCAAUUAGAAGGCAUGCUGUCUGGAGGCCAAAAGCAGAGAGUCGCAAUAGCUCGCUCUUUGAUACGGAAACCUAGAAUUUUCCUGAACGAUGAAAGUACUAGCGCUUUAGAUGCCACAACUGAGGAAAUUAUUCAGCACACCUUGGAUUCCGUGUCGAAGGGGAAAACAUGCAUCACUAUUUCUCACCAACCCAACGCCAUUCGAACGGCCGACUGGGUCCUGGUGUUGGACGCCAAAGGGAAGCUAGUCGAGCAAGGGUCGGCUGCCAAACUUCUUAAAAAGUCACAAUUUUUUGCUCAAUUCUCUUCAACAACGAGAUGAUGAAAAGAAAGACUGGUAAAUAAAUCGUAUUUUAGUGCAUCCAACCCGUCUUUAUAAUUAUUUUAUUACACCUGAAAAUUUUGAGAGAUGAGGUAGGAUUUUUAUGUAUAUUUACAUAUUUAUAGAAAGUGCGUUCAACACAGAAUUAUUGCAGUAAUUUAUUAACAAGCUAAUCCUAA